AUGGCAGAAUUAAAUGUUAUUCGUGAAUUUCGACAUAAUUAUCGUCGAGAACAAGCAAUUUGGUGGUAUACACGAGAGUGUUUUAUCUAUCAAAUGCUCAAUCGAGCACUUCGGACAUUGGAUGCCGGUACAAUUAUUAAUAUGGGAUUUUUUAUACGUGAUCUCCAUCAACAAAUUAAUCAAUUGCAUCAAGAGCAACUUCCAAAUUAUCGUGAUAAGUCUUUUAUAGUUUACCGAGGCCAAGGCUUGUUGAAAACUGAUUUCGACAAGCUGAAAAAAACAAAAGGUGGUCUCAUGUCGUUUAAUAACUUUUUAUCUACCAGUACGAAAAAAAAUGUUUCCCUCCAGUUCGCCAAGGGUGCGUUAAAAAAUACGGACAUGGUGGGGAUACUUUUUAUAAUGACUAUUGAUCCUCGUGUUUCAUCAACACCAUUUGCCUCUAUUAAUGAAAUUAGUUACCUCAGCAGAGAAGAAGAAGAAAUUCUCUUCCCGAUGCACGCCGUAUUUCGAAUAGGUGCAAUUAAACAAAUGAACAAUAAUGAUCAACUUUAUCAAGUAGAACUUCAACUAACCGCUGAUGAUGAUGAACAACUUCAGCGAAUUACUAAAUACAUAAGCAAAGAGAUUGACAGUAGCACACUAUGGAACCGAUUAGGUAUGCUAUUAGUUAAAACAGGUCAUUUCCAUAAGGCUGAGGAACUGUAUAUAGCACUACUUGAACAAACAUUGAACAAGACUGAAAAAGAACACUUUUAUAAUCAGCUUGGACCUAUCAAACACGAGCAAGGCGAUUAUGAACAGACUAUUAAAAAUUACGACAAAGCACUUGGAAUUCGAGAAAAAAUUCUUCCUGCAAAUGAUCCUUCGUUUGCUACUUACUACAACAUCAUUGGUUUGGUGUAUAAUAACAUGAAAGAGUACUCACAAGCACUUUCAUUUUAUGAAAAAGCACUUGGAAUCAAAGAAUUAACUCUCCCUGUAAAUCAUCCUUCGUUAGCUACUUACUACAACAUCAUUGGUUUGAUGUAUGCGAAAACGGAAGAGUACUCAAAAGCACUUUUAUUUUACGAAAAAACACUUGGAAUCAAAGAAAAAACUCUUUCUGCAGAUCAUCCUGACUUGGCUAUUUCCUACAACACCAUUGGUUUGGUGUAUGAUAACAUGAAAGAGUACUCAAAAGCACUUUCGUUUUACGAAAAAGCACUUGGAAUCGAAGAAUUAACUCUCCCUGUAAAUCAUCCUUCGUUAGCUACUUCCUACAACAAUAUUGGUAGUGUGUAUAAAGAGAUGGAAGAGUACUCGAAAGCACUUUCAUUUUAUGAAAAAGCACUUGGAAUUGAGGAAAAAACUCUUCCUGCAGAUCAUCCUGACUUGGCUAUUACCUACAACACCAUUGGUUUGGUGUAUGAUAACAUGAAAGAGUACUUAAAAGCGCUUGCAUUUUACGAAAAAGCACUUAGAAUCAAAGAAAAAACCCUUCCUGAAAAUCAUUCUUCGUUAGCUACUUCCUAUAAGAACAUUGGUAAAGUGUAUAAUAACAUGGGAGAGUAUUCGAAAGCACUUUCAUUUUACAAAAAAGCACUAGCAAUUCAAGAAAAAAGUCUUCCUCCAAAUCAUCCUUCGUUAGCUACUUACUACAACAACAUUGGUGGUGUCUAUUUUGAGAUCGCAGAGUACUCGAAAGCACUUCCAUUUUUCGACAAAGCACUUGGAAUUCAUGAAAAAAUUCUUCCUGAAAAUCAUCCUUCGUUAACUACUUACUACAACAUCAUUGAGUACUCAAAAGCACUUUCGUUUUACGAAAAAGCAGUUGGAAUUCAAGAAAAAAGUCUUCCUGAAAAUCAUCCUGACUUGGCUAAGUCCUACAACACCAUUGGUUUAGCGUAUGAUAACAUGGGAGAGUACUCGAAAGCACUUUCAUUUUAUGAAAAAGCAGUUGGAAUUCAAGAAAAAAGUCUUCCUGAAAAUCAUCCUUCGUUAGCUACUUACUACAACAACAUUGGUGGUGUAUAUGUUGACAUGGGAGAGUACUCGAAAGCACGUGCAUUUUAUGAAGAAGCACUUGGAAUCGAAGAAUUAACUCUCCCUUCCAAUCAUCCUGACUUGGCUACUACUUACAACAACAUUGGUAGUGUGUAUAACCAAAUGGGAGACUACUCGAAAGCACUUUCACUUUAUGAAAAAGCACUCGAAAUUGAAGAAAAAACUCUUCCUGCAGAUCAUCCUGACUUGGCUAAGUCCUACAACAACAUUGGUAGUAUAUAUUAUAACAUGAAAGAAUAUUCGAAAGCACUCUCAUAUUUUGAACGUGCUCUUGACAUUUUGAAAGUUUCAUUACCACCAAGUCAUCCCAAUCUUAAAACUGUGAAACAGAGCAUUGAUGUCGUAAAAGAAGAGUUAUAA